AUGGGGAAGAGAGCGUUUAUCUUCUUGCAUCUCUCAUCAGCAGGAAACGAGGAGGUUUCUAGGAAGUCACACAACGCCCACGAAAACAGACUUUAUCUCAUCGCCCGUCUCCGGAGCAAUUCCACCGAAACCAUCCGCAUGCACCCGCCGAUUUUGGAAGAUGCUCAACGUCCUUUUCCUGCCGCCGCCUCCUCGGGCGACCGAGUGCCACCGACAGCGCCCCCGGCCCCGGCCUCUGCGCCCGCCGCCGCCCCGGGCCCCGAGCCCGGCCCCAAGCAGCAGCAGCCGCCGCAGCAGCAGCCGGAGCCCCCUCCAGCCCCCUCCUCCCGCGAGGAGACGUGCCACUUCCUCAAUGCCAUCUUCCUCUUCCUCUUCAGGGAGCUCAGGGACACUGCCCUGGUCAGGGACUGGGUCAUCAAGAAGAUCAAGGUGGAGUUCGAGGAGCUGCUCCAAGCCAAGAUGACAGGCAAGGUGCUGGAGGGGCUCAGCCUCAGGGAGGUCUCUCUGGGCGAUGUCCUGCCUGUCUUUAAGUCGGUGAAGCUCAUCCGGCCGGUGGCCUGCAAUGAGGAGGGCUGUCCCGAGGAGCUGGGCUUCGAGGUAGACCUGGAGUACAAUGGUGGCUUCCACCUGGCCAUCGAUGCCGACCUGGUGUUCGGCAAGUCGGCCUACCUGUUCGUGAAGAUCUCCCGGGUGAUGGGGAAGCUGAAGCUGGUCUUCACGCGCCUGCCCUUCACACACUGGUUCUUCUCUUUUAUGGACGACCCCGUGGUACUCUUUGAGGUGAAGUCUCAGUUUGAAGGGAGGCCCAUGCCUCAGCUCACUUCCAUCAUAGUGAACCAGUUCAAGAAAGUAAUUAAGCGCAAGCACACCUUACCCAAUUAUAAAAUCAGGUUCAAGCCAUUUUUUCCAUGUCAAGUGUUGCCAUCUGAUGAAUAUGAAGAUCGAGACCUCUGUAUACAGGAUGUUCUGUUGAGAGAAGGUCGACUGAAGGUCACAUUAAUUGAAUGUUCAAGGUUACUGAUGUUUGGAUCCUAUGAAAGAGAAACAAAUGUUCAUUGCACAAUGGAGCUGAGCAGUAAUGUUUGGGAAGAAAAAUCAAGAAGUUCUAUUAAAACGGCAGAGCUUGUGAAAGGGAAUCUGCAAAGCGUUGGGCUCACGCUGCGCCUUGUGCAGUCCAAGGAGGAGGAUGCAGGGCACGUUGUCAUCGAAACUGUGACUCCAAACUCACCUGCUGCAGCUGCUGAUCUGCAGAGAGGGGACAGACUGCUGGCAAUUGGCAGUGUUAAAAUCACAUCAACUGUCCAAGUGUUGAAGCUUAUUAGACAAGCUGGGGACAGAGUUUUAGUCUUUUACGAAAGGCCUGUUGGAUAUAAUCAGCAUGGCUCAGCACUGCAGGAUGGAUUUGGGCAAUUGGAGGACACAGCUUUCUUGGCACCGGCAGAAGAUGACCAGAAUAGUUUAUCAGUUGAUACUGAUAGCAGAGAUUUUGAUUCAGAGUUUGAAGAGUUAGCUUGCGAUUCACCUGAACAAAAAGAAGAUCUGCCAACAGCUCUGAGUCCCAAACGGUCGGUAGUAAUUCUUGCUGCUGCUAAACCUCUUGGAACGAUAUCGCCCAUCCUGAAUCGAAAACUGCAUUUAGGAAGUCACCAGACAGCAUCAAAAACACAACUAAAAGAUGGGGCUAAAGUGGCAACACCUAAGAUUGAGGUUUCAGAUGCAUCACAGCCAUUGGGUAAACAGUCACAAGGAUCUAGCACUAAGCCUCCUGUGCCCCCUAGGCCACAAAUAAAGCCUGUUCUGUCUACUGAUAACCAAAAUGCGUUAGAAACUGGAAGUGUAUGUUCUGAUAAACCAGAGAGGCCCCCUCCACCUGCAAAUAAUGGAGAAAAAUCUACAGAGAAGGUAAUUAAAGUUAACGAUCAGGUAGAAGAGCCAUCAGUAUCAAAAGUAGUAACAGCACCAAAGCAAGAUACAUUAAAAGAUGGACUUACAGAAAAUGCACGUAGUUGCAAAGAUAGCGAUGAUCAUCGAACGUGGGAGUCACCAGAAAUUCCUUAUAAAAUCCGUCAGGGCCGAUGGCCGAUGACGAGAACAUCCUCCUGUCUCUUUGAAGUAGAAAAAUACCAUAAGUACCUUAAUGUUGCACUGUGGUGCAGAGACCCUUUCAAAGCAGGUGGUUUCAUCUGCUUAGGAUAUGCAAGCAUAAAACUUGAAGAAAUUGCUUUAGAUUGUCUAGCUACGUCCUCAAUGGAAUUUGUUAGAAAAUUUCAACUGGGUGCUCCUACGCCUAAAGCUGCAGUCACCAGAACAGCGUUGCGGAGUCUGACAACCCAUAAAGGUUUCAAUGAAAAAUUUUGUUAUGGUGAUGUAACUUUACAAUUCAAAUAUUUAAAAGAAGGUGAAAUUGAUGAUUUAAGCAUAUAUCUGGAGAAAGAGAGGGAGAGUCACUUAGAAGAAGAAGCCCGUGCCCUUCAGAAAGAGGAUCCUCUCUCAGGACAAGUUCUCACAGACAACAGGCAUAACUUCCAAGAUACCCAGUUUCAGAAUCCAACUUGGUGCGAUUACUGCAAAAAGAAAGUAUGGACUAAAGCAGCUUCGCAGUGCAUGCUCUGUGCUUACGUUUGCCAUAAAAAAUGUCAAGAGAAGUGUUUAACUGAGAUGCCCUUUUGUGCAGGAGCUGACAAGCGGCUCGAUCGAACUGUGGGCAGCAGCAGAGCGGAGGGACAGGAGGCUCCUGCAGCCGCAUCCCCUCGGGUCGAUCCCGAGGCCAAGGCUGCCAACAGAACCACGGGUCUGACCAGGCACAUCAUCAACACGAGCACGCGGCUGCUGAACCUGCGGCAGGUGCCCAAAGCCCGGCUGGCCGAGCCGGGGCCGGACGCGGCCGAGCCCUCGCCAAAGCACACCCCCAACACGUCCGACAACGAGAGCAGCGACACCGAGCCGGGCGGGCCCGGCAGCCCCUCCAAGCGCGCCGGCAUCAAGCUGCUCCGCAAGGAGGGCGGCCUCGACGACAGCGUCUUCAUCGCCGUCAAGGAAAUUGGCCGCGAUCUCUACAGGAGCUUACCCACUGAGGAGCGCUUCCAGAAACUGGAGUUCAUGCUGGAUAAGCUGCAGAAUGAAAUAGACCAAGAGCUGGAAAACAAUAACUCGCUCGUGAAAGAAGAGAAAGAGACGACCGACGCGAGGAAAAAAGCCCUGAUUUCUGCUGCGCUGGCUAAGUCAGGUGAGAGACUGCAGGCCCUCACGCUGCUGAUGAUCCACUACAGGGCAGGCAUUGAGGAUAUAGAGUCCCUGGAGAACAUGUUCUUAGAGAGGCAAUCCAAAAAAGUGACUAAAGAGUUCGAGGAACCCAGUAUAGCAGAAGAAGUGGAUAGCGAAGAUGGCAGUCUGACAGAGGCUCCAACAUUGAACAUCAUAUCAGAAGAACCAGCUGAUCCACCUCAAUCAGUAGACUGAUAUUUACAUAUUUAGUCUUUGAAGGAAUGGACUAAAAGAAUACUUUGCACUUAACUCCAAACACACAGAAAUUAAAUUAAAACACUGGUAUAAUGUGCGUGUCCUGCUUCUCCACAAUUAAUUGCUAAUAGUGGUUUUUCUCCAGCUACAGCACCAUCAUUUUGUUAAACUAGCUGGUUAAAACUACA